GGUUAAGUGGAGAUCCUAUUACAAAAAAGAUGAAUUCCGAUCAAAGUCUCGCGUGACGAGGGUCGACAGAUGGAACCAUACGUAGUCGUAUGUACCUAACCUAGAUAACUUUCGUCUUUCGUAUAUCCUCGGUAGGGCAUGAUAUCAUACGACGGAGCUAGCCUUGAUAAAGAAGUUAAAAUACCUCUAAAAGUAAUCGCGUUUUUUUUAUUUUUAUAAAAGUUGCACCUGUAUAAAUACACUCGAUGUUCCAUUUCUCUAGGUUAGGUUCUUUCCAAAGGAUGCCGACUUUGUCUUAUCGUCUUAUCGUCUUAUUAAUAGCGCGUGAGAUUUUAAUGUGAAUAGUAAUACAGCACAUACCUAGGAAGUAAGAGAAUGCCGUUCUCCACCUGCCUUCCCUCCGGGUUGAUCCCUCGGACAAUCUCAAAAGCGCUACGAUUCUAUAAUAACCCCACCAACACCGCCCACGUCGCUUCCUACGCUUCCUACGCUUCCUACGCUUGUGCCUGUACAGCCGUCCCGCUCUCCUAUAAAAUCUCACCCCGCCAAAAUAAGGGUCUUUCUACUUUAACACAACCGCCGAAUCUUUUACCUUUAUCAACAUCGUCUACCACCACACGACGACGCUUCCAAUCUACAAUGGCUGCUAACAAGGAAUACGUACUCCUCGCUUUGGAGAACCCUCUUCUGGAUAUCCAGGCCCAAGGCAAUGAGGAGCUGCUCAAGAAGUACAACCUUAAGGCUAACGAUGCGAUCCUGGCCUCUCCCGAGCACAUUCCCAUCUACGAGGAAUUGUUAAACAACUACGAUGCCAAGCUGAUUGCCGGUGGUGCCGCCCAGAACACGGCCCGUGGAGCUGCUUACAUACUCCCGCCUAACAGCGUUGUCUACCUUGGUGGUGUCGGCAAUGACAAGUACGCUGACAUCCUCCGCGAUGCCGUCAAGCAGGUUGGCCUGAGGGUCGAGUACCGCGUCGACCCCGAGACCCCCACCGGCAGGUGCGGUGCCAUCAUCACCGGCCACAACAGGAGCUUGGUCACCGACCUUGCUGCUGCCAACCUCUACGAUAUUGACCAUCUUAAGAGCCCCAAGAUCUGGGAGCUCGUUAAGAACGCCGAGUUCUACUACGUCGGUGGUUUCCACUUCACCGUCUGCCCCCCUGCUAUCCAGGCUCUCGGCGAGGAGGCUGCUGCCAACAACAAGACGUUCAUCGUGAACAUGAGCGCGCCCUUCAUCGCCGAGUUCUUCAAGGACCCGCUCGAUGCAUCGUCACAAUACUGGGACUACGUGAUCUGCAACGAGUCCGAGGCCGCCGCCUACGCGCGCUCGCACUCCCUGUCUGUUGCCGAGACCGACGUUGCAGGUAUCGCCAAGGCCCUUGCCAACCUACCCAAGGCCAACACCAAGAAGCCUCGUGUUGCCGUCGUCACCCAGGGUACUCUACCUACCAUUGUUGCUAUCCAAGGCCAGGACGAGGUCAAGGAGUUCCCUGUCCACGCCAUUGACGCUUCCAAGAUUACCGACACCAACGGUGCUGGUGAUGCAUUCGCUGGUGGUUUCGUUGCUGGUCUCGUCCAGGGCAAGUCCCUCGAAGAGAGCGUCGAUGUCGGCCAGUGGCUCGCGCGCCUGAGCAUCCAGGAAUUGGGUCCUUCAUACCCCUUCCCCAAGCAGGCCUACCAACCCUCCUCGUAAAUCGCCUUUCUCCUGAGACA